AUGGCGACCAACAAUACAGCAAUCACCCAGGCCGAUCUGGAAGCACCUCUUGCUUAUGAGGCUGAGGUCUACCGAAAAGGAUUGAAGUUCGAGCGGCCGCCGUUCACUUUUCAAACGACCGAUUGGGAGCCUCAAGCCAAGGAAGUCCUUAGCGCUUCUGCCUGGGGUUACGUUUACGGGUCAGCUGGUCAGCGAGAGACGCAUAACAAGAAUUUAGCUGCGUUCAAAAAAUGGGGCAUAAUUCCUAAUCGACUAGUUGAUGCGAACUAUCCUGACUUAUCGACAACCUUGUUUGGGGAAAAAUUCCAAUCACCUAUCGCCAUUGCUCCGGUCGGAGUACAGAAAAUAUUUAAUCCAGAAGGAGAGAUUGCCACUGCUACUGCUGCAUCAAAGGAAGGCGUGCUAUAUAUCAUGUCCUCGGCCUCGAGUACAAGUAUAGAGGAUGUGGCAAAAGCAAAUGGAGAGGGCCCACGUUGGUACCAGCUCUACUGGCCUUCAAAUGAAGAUAAUGAUAUUACUAUCAGCAUCUUGGAGAGGGCCAAAAAGGCUGGAUUCACUGUGCUCGUCGUUACAUUGGACACAUACAUGCUUGGAUGGCGACCAUCCGACAUGAAUAAUGGCUACAACCCAUUUCUUCGACCUGAUUCAAUCGGAGUAGAGAUUGGAUUUACAGACCCUGUCUUCCAGCGAAAGUUUAAACUUAAACACGGUAAAGAUAUCAAGGAAGAUCUGGGUACCGCAGCUGCAGAGUGGGCGCGCACUAUCUUCCCAGGCAGGAGUCACGGCUGGGACAACUUGAAGUUUUUACGCGAGAAUUGGUCCGGACCCAUCGUUCUCAAAGGCAUCCAAACCAUCACUGAUGCUCAGAGGGCCGUUGCGGCCGGCAUGGACGGAAUCGUUGUAUCUAACCAUGGCGGGAGACAGCAAGACGGUGGUCCAAGUAGUCUCGAGCAACUUCCCAAAAUCGCUAGAGCUGUAGGCGACAAAAUAUCGAUCCUGUUCGAUAGCGGUGUUAGAUGCGGCGCAGAUAUUGCCAAAGCACUCGCCUUGGGGGCUUCCAUGGUACUUGUUGGUAGACCCUACGUAUAUGGACUGUCCCUUGGGGGCGAGGAAGGUGUGAGACAUGUUCUUAAGAGUUUGGCAGGCGAGUUGAGUUGUACAUUACAUUUAGCAGGUAUCCCUGGGGCUGGGCGGGACAUCCUCAACGAAGACUGCUUGGUCAGGGAAGUUUGA